CUGCCAACUGCUCCAUUGAAAAUCUUGAAUUCAGCACUCACUGGCACAUGUUUCUUUCGUCUAACCAGGGUUCCCUUUUUUUAAUCUCACUCAGUUAAACCAGCAUUUUCACCCUCGCGCCUCUGGGAACCGCUGCCUUCGAACUUGAUUAACCAACAUUCAUUACCAUGUAGCAACCUGUAUCCGGCACUGAAAAUUCAUACAUACAUAUACUUCUUGGACAAAUCGACAAUUCUGCGGGGAGCACCUUCAAACCAACAAUCAAAAUACUUGAAAGCCACCACUCCACACUCUCAUCCCAAGCAAGAUGCCAUCGAUCCAAUUGAUCUCACUCGCUGCACUAUGUCUUCAUUAUUCAUCACUUACCAUUCUCAUGCACCUCUCCCGGACCGGUCAACAAAAUUCAAACUAUCGGGCAUCCUCUGCCGUGGUGAUGACCGAAUUAUUCAAGUUGUUCAUCUCCCUCAUCUUCGCUUUCUAUCAUUCAUUCUGCCAGUCAGAACCCCCUACCUCCAGACCAUCGCCCCAUUCCCGAUUUGAGCCUCAGUUUGAUAGUCUAGCCGAGGAACCAGAAGAAAUGGAUCAGGACGACCGUCGAGCUGGGAAUGAGCACGAGAACGGGACUGAACUGGCAGAGAAUGAGAACCAGAGUUGGAAAGCGGAGGAUCCGAGAUGGAAUGAGGAAUCCGACCAAUUGAUCUCGGAUAUGAUCAGUCAGAUCCAAUCCAAUUCGUCCAAAACACGUGAACGGACGAUCUCCAGUGAAGUUUAUCAGCCAAGCCAGACCGGCAAACGGCGCCGAUUGAUCAGCGGGAACGGCACGACAAGCCCGGAUAAGCCAGUCUUCCAGUUCGUCAGCCACGUCCGUCCAGUCUCAGACCCUGACCAUAGCCACCGGAUGUCCGUCCAGGCCUCCCCUCAACUCACCCGUCUUACUCAGAACUACUCACCCUCUCAUCCGCUCGUCCGUCUUUUUCAUGCGCUCGAACAUCUUCGGGCAAGUAUCUUCAGUCCGGAUUGGUUCUUGCUCGCCAUCCCUGCAGUCAUGUUCGUCAUCCAAAACAACCUCCAAUAUCUCGCUGCUAGUAAUCUGAGUGUACCCCUCUUCCAAAUCACAUAUCAGCUCAAGAUACUUACGACAGCGCUGUGUUCAGUGAUUCUUUUGAAACGCCGACUCAAGAAAACACAGUGGGUGUCCUUGGUUCUCCUGACGACGGGAGUGGCCAUCGUCCAAUUAAAUUCCCAACAGACUAGUAACAAGGACCUGAUCUCAGACUCAAAACAGGAGCCAGGAUCUGAAAUGAACCAGCUCUUGGGUUUGGUGGCGGUGGUCUCAGCGUGCUUAUCUUCAGGUUUUGCGUCAGUCUAUCUCGAACGGAUGUUGAAGUCGACGGGGACCAAACCCAAUCACAACAACAAUUGCAACACAGAACUAUCGAAGAAAAGAACUACCCUGCAUUCAUCUUCUAGUCCAGCUGGUCUUCAUAAGCCUGUAAACCCACCAUCCACCUCGAUCUGGAUCAGAAACAUUCAGCUAUCUAGUUUCGGUUUGGUAGUCUCGUUGUUGAUAGUUUUCCUUGAAAAUCAAAUCAAAAAUCCAAUCCAAGCCUUAUCAAGAUUGAUGAGAACAUUAAUCACUUUUGAAGGGAAUCAUCUACUCGAUACCAAGAGAGAAAUUUUCGGACGAUUCACUAAACAGAAAGUACUCGAAAACAUCUGGACCAGUAAAGCAGAGUUUUUCAAUGGGUUUUCAAGCUUGACUUGGCUUGUAAUCUUCUUCCAAGUUACUGGUGGGAUCUUGAAUUCAGCGGUCAUGAAAUAUUCUAAUAAUAUCAACAAAAACUUCUCGAUUUGUUUAUCAAUAAUCCUAUCAAUCCUCUUCAGUAACAUUAUUCUUUCUACUGAUGAUCAAGAUAGUAAUCACUUGAACAUUCAAUUCUUUAUUGGUUCUUCUUUUGUAAUCUUUUCUACUUGGCUAUUCAACAUUUAACUGUUCACAAUUUUUUCUUUUCUUUCCACUUUGUUUUUCUCAAAAAAAAUAGCAUAUUGUCCAAAGGUGUUCCUAUCAUUCUAGAUUGAUUCAUCUUUCCCCAGUGGAAAUGUUACUAACAAUGAAGUAUUUUGGAUUGAUUUGCCAAUCAAUUGAUGUUGUUGUGGAUUCAUCAUCAUCAAGCUGUACUAUUCAAUGGAAUUGGAUUGAAACUCAUU